UAAAAUAAUAGUCACCAUCCCAUUUAGACUUUUAAAUAUAAAUAAAAAUCCAAAUAUUCAAAACCGUAAACCUAUAACAUAAAUCUAAAUGCAUGAACCUACAUUCCUAUAAAUACCAUACUUAUUCUAAACAUUUCCAGUUCGAAUAUCCAAUCCAUCUCUCAAAAUAACACAACUCUCCUUUGCGAUUUGCAACUAACAAAAAAAAGAAAAACACUCACCAGACACACACGCAAUGUACGGCCACAAUACUUUCGAUUCCGAAUUUGCCCUUUUAGAGUCUAUUCGCCGCCACUUAUUAGGCGAGUCCGAAACAAUAUUCGGAGCUCCAACAACUUCUUCGGGUAAUACCCGGGUUUUCUCUCGGAGCUCCAGUUUCAGUAGUUUAUACCCAUGUUUGACUGAUAAUUGGGGGGAUUUACCGCUCAAAGAAGACGACUCUGAAGAUAUGGUGCUCUACGGUGUCCUCCGAGAUGCUGUAAACGUUGGGUGGGUCCCGUCUCUCGAAGUCGGGUCACCCGAAAGUAUUUCAUCGGAUUUUCUACCGGAAAUUAAGGUGAAAACAGAGCCGGGUGUCAUGCCGGUAGAAAAUACUCCCGCGGUGUUGUCUACGGCGGUAAAGGUGGUUUCAGACGGACCAAAAGCUGCUCCGGCGAAAGGGAAACACUACCGCGGUGUUAGACAACGGCCGUGGGGGAAAUUCGCGGCGGAGAUUCGAGAUCCAGCGAAGAACGGAGCUAGGGUUUGGCUCGGAACAUUCGAGACUGCAGAAGAUGCGGCGUUGGCUUACGAUAAAGCUGCGUAUAGGAUGAGAGGAUCGAGAGCUUUGUUGAAUUUUCCUCUUCGGGUUAACUCCGGCGAACCCGACCCGGUUAGAGUGGCUUCGAAACGUACUUCGCCGGAACGUUGUUCUUCUUCGUUGUCGGAGAGUAGUUCGCCGGCGAAGAGGAGGAAGGUAGUGACAGCUCAGAGUGGAUUAAAAACAGGUCAAGUUGCACAAUGUACACGUGGCGAACAGUUAUUGGUUUCUUAAUGACAACGAUGCAAAGAAAUUAGGUUACUAUUGUGUUGUGUUUCUUCAAUGCAAUUUGUAAUUAUCUGAAGACAUGCGUGUAUAGCACUACCACUACCCCUUCUUUUGUGCCACUUUCACCUACACAAUUUUGGAACCAAGGAAAAAGAUGAAAAGCAAAAAAAUGUAGCUAGAUGGUGACUCGUGAGGAAGACAAACUGUGGGAGAGAAACAAAAAUAAAAAAAUUGGACGAUAGUGUUAUAAUGAAUGAUGAAGUGAGUUUAUGUAAUUUGGCUUUGUGAAUAAUAUAUAAUUUGUUAUUUCUUUGAUCAACAUUAUUAAUGUGUUAAUUGUGACAAA